GUGCCAUACCACAACUUCCAGCAUUGCGUGGACGUCACCCACACCACCUUCAUGUUCAUCAAGCGGGUGGCUCACAAGGUGGUGCUCACAGAGCUGGAGAAGUUUGCGCUCAUGGUGGCCGCAGUGAGCCACGACCUGGACCACCCCGGGGUGAACAAUGCCUUCCUGGUGAAUGCUCGGGACCCUCUGGCUACGACCUACAACGACAGCUCGGUGCUGGAGAACCGCCACGUGGCCGCUCUGUACAGCCUGCUUCUGUCCAAGCCCCAGCUCAACAUCUUUGCGCGGCUGGACGUGGCGCAGUGGCGGGAGGUCCGCAAGAUGGUCAUCGGCGCCGUGCUUUCCACAGACAUGGUGCACCACUUCCCCAUGGUGUCCAAGCUGGAGGUCGACAACCUGGCCCGCCUGUUUGAUGCCGCCGAGGAGCGCCAGCUCCUGCUCAACCUGCUGCUCCACUGCGCCGACAUCUCCAACCCGGUCAAGCCUGCCGCCAUCGCCGAAAAACAACCUUUCAUGCUUUGCUGCAGGUGGGCGGACCGGGUGCUGGCUGAGUUCUUCCUGCAGGGCGACAGGGAGCGGGCGGCGGGGCUGGCCAUCAGCCCCAUGUGCGACCGCGAGAAGACCAGCCGCGCGGGCAGCCAGAUAAACUUCAUCGAAUUUGUGGUGGCGCCCAUCUAC